AUGACUGACUGCCCCGUGUCUGCCUGCGUCUGCCAAGCGCUCGACGCUGCACAGGUGCGGGCAGCGAGUGGCAUGGAGCUCCCUGAGGUGGAGGACAACGCGGAGUUCCUGGAGCGGCUGAUGGAGGUGACCUCGCACCGCCUGCCCCAGCUGGAGCUGCAGGAGCAAUACACUGUCAUCAAGGAGCUGGGCAGGGGCACCUACGGCAACGUGCUGCUGGCAGAGCACCGGGAGCGAGGCACAGCCCUGGUGUUGAAGGUGAUGCCGAAGGAGAGGACGGAGCGGCGGGCGUUCCUGCGGGAGUACUGCAUUGCGCUCUGCCUGUCUGCCCACGCCGGAUUCCUGCACACUCUGCCCAUCGCCUUCGAGAGCCCCACCCACUUUGCCUUUGCCCAGGAACUCGCGCCCGCUGGGGACCUGUGUGCCAUCGUGCAUGACGGGGAGGGUCUCCCAGAGGCCCAGGUGAAGCGCUGUGCAGCCCAACUGGCUGAGGCCCUGGACUUCAUGCACGGCAAAGCCCUGGUGCACCGGGACAUCAAGCUGGACAACGUGCUGCUCUUUGACUGCGAGUGCCGGCGCGUGAAGCUGGGCGACUUCGGGCUGACGCGGUUGGAGGGCACGCCCGUCUGCGCCAUGUCGGGCACUCUGCCCUACGCACCGCCCGAGCUCUGCCUGCUUGAGGCCUCGGAGACGCUGGAGCUGGAUGCCAGCCUGGACGUGUGGGCCUUCGGGGUGCUGCUCUUCUGCCUUGGCACCGGCUGCUUCCCCUGGGACGUGGCUGUCAGCCCCGACCCCCAGUUUGAGGAGUUCGGCGCCUGGCAGAACAGCACGGUGCCGGGGGAGGCGCCGGCGCCCUGGAGGGCUUUCAGCACCACCGCCCAGGAGAUGUUCCGGCGGCUGCUGACCCUCGACCCCAACCGCCGCAGCCCAGCCAUCGAGGUGCACAAAUACCUGCCCCUGGUCUGGCUGGCAAGCAGCCUCCGGGAGCUGGGGGCCAGGGGACUGGGGGCCAAGGGCACAGCCAGAGCCUGGCCGGAGAGCAGCACAGUCAGGAACAGCCCCGAAGCAGCCCAGGUGCUGCCUGCAGCCCAGCCCCCGCAACUGAGAGCUCUGCCCAGGCUGGGGGAGGCAGGCCCCAGUCCAAAUUGGGAAAAGAGGACAGGGACUAGCGGGGAGGGGGCAGAGAAGAGCUACAAGAAGGACUUGGGGGCUGGGAACCUGCUGGGCAGGGAGAGGCUGAAGGAGCUCAGUGGAUUCAGUGUCUCCACCCAGAGGAGGGUCCCAUGA